CGCCCCCGCCCCACCUCCGUGACGUCACGGCCCAGGGUUCCUCCGGGUCCGUUCGCCACCGCUGAGCUCACUCCCCAUGGCGCUGCGAUUCGCCGCCCCGCUGCUGCGCCUGGCCCGGAGCAGCGUCCGCUGGGGGGGCACGGCUCCCUCUCCGCCGGCCCCAGCCCUCUUCGACUGGCGGGACCCGCUGGGGCUGGAGGCGCUGCUGGAGCCCGAGGAGCGGCUGCUGCGCGAUGCCCUGCGCAAGUACUGCGAGGAGCGGCUGCUGCCCCGCGUGCUGCACGCCAACCGGCACGAGGUGUUUGACCGGGAGAUCGUGACCGAGCUGGGGGAACUGGGGAUGCUGGGCCCCACCAUCAAAGGAUACGGCUGCGCAGGCACCACAGCAGUGGGCUACGGGCUGGUGGCGCGGGAGCUGGAGCGUGUGGACAGCAGCUACCGCUCGGUGCUGAGCGUCCAGUCCUCCCUUGUCAUGUACCCCAUCCUGGCCUAUGGGACCCCUGCCCAGCGGGACCGCUUCCUGCCCCCCCUGGCGCGGGGGGAGCUGCUGGGGUGCUUCGGGCUGACUGAGCCCAACCACGGGAGCGAUCCGGGGCGCAUGGAGACGCGGGCACGCUACAACCCUGGCACCAAGACCUACACGCUGCGGGGCACCAAGACCUGGAUCACCAAUGCGCCGGCGGCCGACCUGUGUGUGGUGUGGGCAGUGUGCGAGGAGGAUGGGCGGGUGCGGGGGUUCCUGAUCGAGCGGGGGACACCCGGCCUCAGCACCCCGAAAAUCGAGGGCAAAUUCUCGCUCCGCGCCUCUGCCACUGGCAUGAUCGUGAUGGAGGACGUAAAGGUGCCAGAGGAAAACCUCCUGCCCAACGCUGUUGGCUUGGCAGGCCCCUUCGGUUGCCUGACCCAAGCCCGUUACGGCAUCGCCUGGGGUGCACUGGGUGCCGCCGAGGCCUGCCUGGAGACGGCACGGCAGUACGUCCUCGAGAGGAACCAGUUUGGGGGUCCGCUGGCACGCAACCAGCUGGUGCAGAAGAAGCUGGCAGACAUGGUGACAGAGAUCGCCCUGGGGCUGCAGGCCUGCCUGCGCCUUGGCCGCCUCAAGGACGAGGGAAGGGCGGCCCCUGAGAUGGUGUCGAUGCUGAAGCGUAACUCAUGUGGGAAGGCACUGGCCAUCGCCAGGGAGGCACGGGAUAUGCUGGGGGGCAAUGGCGUGUGCGAUGAGUACCACGUCAUCCGGCACCUGAUGAACCUGGAGGCCGUCAACACCUAUGAAGGCACCCAUGACAUCCAUGCGCUAAUCCUGGGCCGAGCCAUCACCGGCAUCCAGUCCUUCAGCCCUGGCAAGCCACCAGCACCGCGGGGCUAACGGGGGGGACACGGCACCCGGCACCACACCAACGGCAUGUGGCUGCGACGCUCUGUGGCGUGACUGGUCUUACACUGCUGCCAGCGGGGCCAGGAUGUCACCCGUGGGGAAAGGACAUGAGGAGAUGGCACCAAUGACCAGAUUUGGUGUCACCAACGGGACCUAGUGUCACCAAUGGAACAAUGUCUCACCAAACCGCCCCACAGUUGCUGAUGGGACUCGGUGUCACUGAUGAGACCCAGCAGCUUGGUUGUGCUGGGCUUUGCUGCAGAGCCUCUUGGCCAGCGAACUGCCUUGGUGCCUUUGCCGUCCUCGCGGACACUCACCAAUAAAUGGUGGAAAAGCCACCCUGUGCCUGCCA